UCCAUAGCAAGCUGUGCAGGACUCCUGAGGGAGCUCAUUCAGUCCCAGCUGCAUCCCUCUUAACACCCUGCCUCUGCUGGCCUGGGACCAGAAGAGCAACUGUAAUAAGCAGCCAGAGGUCCCAGUACAUAGGAGCCAGGCUGUGACAUCUCAUUAAAUCCAGUAAUAUAGAACACACUGAAUUCAUGUGAUCCUUGAGGCCUGUAUUCAUAGAAUUCUUUGCUUCUGAGUCCAGGCCCUACCACAGGCCAAAUCCUUUCUAUGAAAAGCUCAAGAUGGAACAUCAGCAGGUCAUGUCAGACCUGCAGAAUUUUGAAAAUGAGAAUUGGGAGGCCUCACAGAAGCUCAGUGAGCUGACCAAAGAGAAAGUCUUCCUUUGUGAUCUGCAGAGCCGGCUCCUGAUGGAGCAGAGUCAGCUCAAAAAGAAAUUGGAUAUGUUGAGGCAAGAGAAGGAGAACCUACUAGAGGAUUGGGUCCUGCUGAAGCAACACUUGGGUGACUUGCAAGUGCUCAGUAAGGAUCAAGAAGAGAGCAGUGACCUCCAGAACCAGCAGCAGGAGGAGCAGCAAAGAAUGGAAGAGAGACUCCAGAGCUUGCUGAAGCAGAGGGAGCUGGUCACACAACAAAAACAGCUGGCAUUAAAGCUGCAGCAUCAUUUGACUGUCUCUCAGAUGAGACCCAGGCUGAAGUUGGGGUAUGGAGCCAAUUGGGUCCCCUGUACCAGGGCUCUCUGUCCUUUGUGGGCUUUUGCUUAUCAGCAAGACUCCCUUCUCCAAGCAUGGGUAGACCAACUCAGAACUCAGAGAAUUAUGCUGGUCCCGUCAACAAGAACUUCUGUCCAGCAAACAAUAUGUUUGAUACUCCCUGGGUCUAUAGACUUGUGUCCCAUCCCUCCCUUCUGAUUUCUCUGGUAUGUUCUCAGCAGGCUUUCCUUGAACUCAGAGAUCUGCCUGCUUAUGCCUCCCAAGUGAUGGGAUUUAAAAGUUUGCCUCACCAUAUCUGAC